GUUUCGCCUUGCCUACGUCAUCAGGUAGCGACAAUGUUUUUGCCUUAUUUUGGUACUUCAAACGCACCAAAUUGUGGAUUUUACACUGACUUUUACGACCAGACUAGGGUUAGGUGAUUGAACUAAAAAAAACGUCUGUUUUCCUCAAAUCAAAUAUAUACUUUUAUAUUGGAAUACGAGCUCCAAGGGCCGGAAAGUUAGCUAGCGAGCUAACUAAAGGUACGCACGUUUCGUCGUGCGUCCUUCAGCUUAAAGAUGCCUAAAUUAUUCGACAUUGAAUUCCCAGAAGAGUGUCAAAGCAACCCCGAUAGGUUCUGGUCGGCUGUUGACGUGUGGUUAAAAAAGCCUCAUGUCGUCAACAAGCGGCUAUGCGGGGUAAAAGAGACAGAAAGUCAAAAUGUGAACGGCGCAGCAUUGAGUUUGGUGCUAGGCAAUGAUGAACUUCCUCAGGACGUGUUAAGCUUCGUCACCACCUCGGCGUUUGCACACACACUUUCUUACAAUAUAAGGACUUUUAUUCCAAAAGUUAACAUUUAUGGGACCCACCUGCACAAAGAGAUUGUUGUUAAAGAUUUUGAAUGCCAGCAAGUGACUUUUAUUCCAUUUGAAGAGGACGAAGAAGGAAAAGUGUCUCUGAGAAAGUGCAACGUUUACCAGAUUCAGCUGCGCCUUACAGACAGAUUGCUGUUGGAGCUGCACGUGUUGACCGUGGACGGUUGGCACUGUGAUGGCGUGGCCUACCCGAAGCUCGGGUGGCUGUCGACUGAGCUGCUACCAAAGCUGCUGCGCUGGUCUGUCGACUGCAAGAGCAGCGAUUUUACGAGCACACUGUCUCUUCUGCCGGUGGAAAAGUACAGCUUGACAUACCAACAACUCAAAGACAAGUACAAAGCCAUGGUCAAGGUUUGGCCCGAGGUUACAGAUCCAGAGAAGUUUGUUUUCGAAGACGUCGCCAUCGCCACUUAUCUCCUGGUGCUUUGGUCCGAGGAGCAGACGGAACAUGACCUUAAAACAAAACAAUCCUUCGUAGACUUGGGCUGUGGAAAUGGUCUUCUAGUGCACAUUUUGACGAACGAAGGGCACCCGGGUAAAGGCAUCGACGUUCGUAAGAGGACUAUUUGGGACAUGUAUGACUCCAACACACUGCUGGAGGAGCAAGCCAUCACUCCCGGCGAUAGCUUUUUAUUCCCAGAUACCGACUGGCUAAUUGGGAACCACUCAGACGAGCUAACACCAUGGAUCCCUGUCAUCGCGGCCAGGUCGUCUUAUUCCUGCCGGUAUUUUGUACUACCGUGCUGCUUCUUUGACUUCUUUGGCAAAUACCAGCGGCGUCAAAGCCAAAAGUCGCAGUACAAGGAAUACAUUGACUUCAUCACAGACGUUAGCCGAGUCAGCGGCUUUGACACAGAGAUGGACUGCCUCAGAAUACCCUCCACCAAACGGGUUUGUCUGGUUGGUAAGACCCGUAACUACCAGGCUUUUGACGAGGCGCAAGUGGAAGACCGGAGAGCUCAAUACAUACAGAACCGAGGGUCAGCGAUCAAGAAGGAUCACGUGAGCAGCAGCUGGGGAUCGGGUUUUCAUCCCCGAGAGAAGGUGGAAGUCGUACGAAACUGCGGCACUCUUUCUCGGGACUUUGUAGACGACGUGGUCAUACGUGUCGCUGAUGCUCUGCUGAGGAUGACGGCGGAUGGUGGCCAGAGUUGUUCAAGCUGGAACACAGGAGGCAGCUUGUCAUUGGGCGAGGUGGCAUUGUUGUUGCAUCAAGAGACGCUCCAGAAACUGAAAAAGGAAUGUGGCGGCCUCCAGACGCUCCUGAAGAACAACCAUCAAGUUUUUGAAGUGGAAGGAGGAAGCGUGCACUUACGAGAUUGGCGGGACGGAAAGCACCCGAGGGCGGGCUCCAAGAAAAGAUCUGUGGCCCCUGGGGCCCUCAAAACACGUCCCUGCUGGUUUUACAGCCACCACCCUCAAGGCUGCCCCCUGUUGGCACAGCGUUGCAGCUUCGCUCACGGACACGAUGACCUCCGACCUUCUAACAGAUCUUCGAAGAAAAGCAAACGUGACGUUUGACUAUGUUAUUCAUUAACACUCACGUGACUCCUACAUCAGAAUUUUUUUUAGUAACAAAAAAAGUCUUCUUAUUUUUUGUAAAGUUGUGACUUCAUUGCUGUUAAAUUCCCAAAAUUUUUAAGUUUUUGGAUGAAAAAACAAUUAGUCUUUCUGGUAAUGAUACAAAGCUACACCGCUUGUGUAGAAGCUGGAUGGAUGAAUUCUGACUUUAUUGUUUAAUUAUUUUUUGAUUAUUUAAAUUUUGUCAAUCUUACAAAACCACAACUUUUAUUUUUUUAACUUUUAUAUUUUUUCAACUUAAUUUAAAGAUUCUCCUAAUUUUAUAAUACUUUAUUAUUAUUAUUAUUUUUUUUUACAUAAUUUUAGUUGUCAUUUUCACUUACAAUGAAAAAUGUAUAUUUUGAAUUUAUAUCAAUUUGUAAUUUUAUGACACAAAGGUAUUUGUAAAUAUUACCAGGAGAGACUUAAAAUCAGUAAAAUCGUAGAUUUACAAGAAUAAAGAUGCAAUAUUAAAAAACCUAUUGAGGAAAAGUCGCAUUAUAAUAAUAAAAUGUUAAUAUUCAAAGAGAAAAGUAGGCAUACUUCAACAAUAAAUUCACAAUUACAUGAGAAAGUUACAACUUUAUUUAUUUUUAUGAUUUAUUUAAAAAAUGCAAAUAUUACAACUAUAAUGGCGAAAAUGUAUCAAGUCAGCAUUUUAUGAGACAAAGAUGGAACUUUACCAGAGCAAACAAACUAAAAAGAUGAGUCAUAACAAUUAGGGCUGGGCGAUGUGGCCUUUUAUUAAUAUCUCGAUAUUUUUAGGCCAUGUCACGAUACACGACAUAUCUCGAUAUUUUGCCUUAGCCUUGAAUGAACACUUGAUGUAUAUAAUCACAGCAGUAUGGUGAUUCUUAUGUGUCUACAUUGAAAUAUUCUUGUUCAUACUGCAUUAAUAUAUGCUUAUUUUAAACUUUCAUGCAGAGAGGGAAAUCACAACUAAGUCCAUUUAUCAAAACUGUAUUUAUUAAACAGUUAUUAAGCAGUGGCACAAAAAUUCAUGUAAUUUCCAAAACAAAACGUGUAAGAUUGUCCGAGACAUUUUAAAACAAGCUAUGUGCGCACUUUUGUGCAUGAUGUCUCAAAGAUUACAUAUCAAAACAACACUAAAUUAAAGUUCACUUUUUGUGCAGAACGCCACUACAAUAGUUUAAAACAAAUAAAGUGCACUUUUGUGCAUGAUGUCACACAAUAUAUUUCAAUAAGUGCAAAAUAAAAAUGAGCUGCAUAGUAGGCAAUCAAAUAGUAAAUGUCCUUCGCUAUGUGGUAGGUUCCUGCGAACGGUCUCUCCUUUUGUUGACUAUUUUCAUACGGUGUUGAUGUGGAAAUAGUUGUUUCGGCAUUUUGUUGGUGUGGCACCGAACGGAGAUGUUGACAUGCGGAGUUUCAAGCACUCUUCAUUCUCUAGCAGGUGAAUUUUCAAAAGAUGCUACAUUAGCAGUGGUGCUACUUUUUGUAGCAACGCUUUUGCCGCAUAAUUGUUCAUCUUCCCGCUUGAAGCCAAUCCACCGCCAGACGAUGGACCCCGUGCUGUUUUUCUUGGGAAUUAAUCCUUCCUUCAUUUGUUACCCGAUUCGCACCUUCUCGCUCUCGUAUUACCACCCGCACCGCACCGUUAGCAUCACAGCUAACGUUACCAUGUCGCUACCUGUCUGCUCCGCAAGAGCAUGUGACGUUGCACACGUGACGUGUAUAAGAAAGUGCGCUUGUUUUAAGUCUCUGUGAGAAGGAGAGACAAGAAAGUGGGAAACGCAUGCAGUGUAAUGCCCACAGCUAAAAGCAGCUGUGUGAGAAAGUAUACUUGAAUACCACAAUAUAGUCAUUUUCUAUAUCGCACAGAGACAAACCUGCAAUAUAUCGAUAUAUCGCCAAGCCCUAAUCACAAUACAAAGAAGAGUUGCAGUUUUCUGAUUGUUAUAAUAAACUAUUACAAAAGAA